AUGGCCUUGAGCAGCACCCAAAGAGCCUCUGAACAAUCAACUCCUCGUUGGAAACACGAUGUGUUUUUGAGUUUCAGGGGUGAAGAUACCCGCAAGGGUUUUAUAUCCCAUUUAUACCACGAACUGGACUACUGGCAGGCAAUUAAAACCUUCAAGGACAACCGAGAUCUUGAAAGAGGGACAAGUAUUUCUCCAGAGCUCUUGCGUGCGAUUGAAGAAUCGCAGCUUGCCAUCAUUGUUCUCUCACCAAACUAUGCUUCUUCCACCUGGUGCCUGGAUGAGCUUACAAAAGUUGUGGAAUGCAUGGAAGCCAGGGACACAAUUUUGCCAAUUUUUUAUGGUGUGGAUCCCUCUCAAGUACGAAAUCAAACCGGGAGUUUUGCAGAGGCCUUCACUGAGCAUAAAGAAAAGUUAAUUACCAAAAAGAAGGUGGAGCAGUGGAAAGCUGAUUUAACAAAAGUGGCCAAUCUUUGUGGGUGGGAUUCAAAGAAUUUUAAGUGUGAAAGAGAGCUUAUUGAGGACAUCGUCAAAUGUGUGUGGAGGAAAGUGCAUCCUUCACUCACCUUGUCAAAUUAUCCACAUAAGUUAGUCGGAAUGAAUUCUGGCCUUGAGCGACUGGGUGUACUACUAGAAACUGAUGCAAAUGAUGUUCGCUUUAUAGGGAUAACAGGGAUGGGUGGAAUUGGGAAGACAACCAUUGCUAAACUAGUUUUUGAGAGAAUUUCCCAUCAUUUUGAAGUCAGCCGUUUUCUUGCUAAUGUUAGAGAGGUUUAUGCAAAACAUCGUACUCUAGUUGACAUGCAAAAACAACUUCUUUUCCCAAUCUUGAAAGAAGAGAUUAAACAAGUUUGGGAUGAACUGUGGGGAACCUUUUUCACUAAGAAAUGCUUACACAACAAAAAGGUUCUGCUCAUUCUUGAUGAUGUGGAUCAAUUAGACCAACUAGAAAUAUUGGUUGGAAAGAAAGACUGGUUUGGUAUGGGGAGUAGAAUCAUCAUUACAACUAGAAAUGAACGUUUGCUAGUUGAGCCUGGUAUGGAUAUAUCAUAUAAAGUUGAGGGAUUGAGUGAUGAUGAAGCUCUUGAGCUCUUCAGUCUGAAUGCCUUUAGGAAAGAUCAACCUGAGGAAGGUUUUCUGGAAUUGUCUAAGCGUUUCCUAAAUUAUGCCAAAGGCCUUCCAUUAGCCCUUAAAGUUUUAGGAUGUUCAUUGUAUAACGAAGGUCAAGAUGUAUGGAUUAGUGCACUGGAUCAAAUAAAGAAAUGCCUAGAUUCAAAAAUAUUUGAUCCUCUCAAAAUAAGUUAUGAUGGAUUAAACAAGAUGGAGAAAAUGAUUUUUCUUGAUGUUGCAUGCUUUCAUAAGGGGAAGGGCAAGGAACAAGUAAUUCAAAUACUGGACCAUAUUCGCAACAUUUACAGUCGUAAGGGCAUACAUGCUCUUGUUGAGAAAUCUAUGUUAACUAUUGAGAAAUUUCAUGAUCCUCUUUCAAUCGACAUCGUGGAGGUGCAUGACUUGAUGCAAGAAAUGGCAUGGGAAAUUGUUGGUCAAGAGUCUAAAGAGCCUGGUGAACACAGUCGGUUGUGGCUUCACAAUGACAUUUCUCAUGUAUUCAUGAACAAUACGGGAACAAGAGCAAUUGAAGCCAUAGUCUUGCGUCUGCUAAAAUUAGAAGAGGACUUCCCCAACCUGAAAUAUAUGGAUGUUAGUUACUCUGAUAAAUUAACCAGUACCCCAGAUUUCACAGGUCUACCAAAGCUUGAGAAGUUGAACCUUGAGGGCUGUAGGAAUUUAGUUGAGAUCCACCCAUCCAUUGCAGUCCUCAAAAGAUUUAGAACGUUGGAUUUCAGUAAUUGUAAAAGUAUUAAGAAUCUCCCAACUGAGAUAAAAAUGGAUUCUCUUGAAUAUUUUAGUCUUCGUGGCUGCUCAAAAGUGAAAAAGAUUCCACAGUUUGUAAGACAAAUGACAAAAUUGUCAAUGCUUUUUUUAGAUGGAACUGUUGUUGAGGAAAUACCUUCGUCAAUUGAAUGUCUGGUUGGCCUCAUUGUACUGGAUCUGUGUGACUGCAAAAGUCUCUUGGGUCUUCCGAGUGCGAAUUGUAAUUUGAAGUCCCUUGAUACGCUCUGCAUAUCCGGAUGCUCAAAACUUGACAAACUCCUGGGGGGAGAUGGAGGCUUUAGAGUAUCUUGA